GUCCUGAGGCGCCUGUUGGAUCGGUCCGUCACGGAGCACGCGGAGGAGCUGUCCGUGGAGGUGAACCAGGGAAGCCACGACCCUCCGGAGCUCGCGGCGCUGAUGGUAAAGGUGGUCCUGGAGCACGAGGACAAGACCACGGACCCAGUUCUCAAAGUGCUGAAGACGGUGGACAAGAAGAAGAGGAGUGGCAUGAUCGAGGUUGGCGAGUUGCCUGAGGUCUUCCGACUCCUGAAGGAGGACGAACUCCAAGUCGGCACGCAUGUUUGCUUCGGAGACAUCACCUACGAGGAGGUGGACUUCGUCUCAAGCAUCCUCGAGAAGUCCUCCUUGGCAAAGGAGGGGCAGAUCAGCCACGAGGACCUGAAGGCUUACAUUGAAAACCAGGACCUACAGCCCAGUGAAGGGGGGCACCCCACCAGCCUUGCGGGCACCCUGGUCUUGAUGCGCUUGGAAGCCUGGAAGAAGGCCUCCUCCGUGGAGAAGUUGAUGAGUCCAAGGGCCUGGCGCCUGCAGCUCUCGGGAGGCGAAGCCCUGGGCGAGGCCCAGGAAAAGGCCCAGGGGGCCGGCGCCCAGGCGGAGGAGCCGGCCAAGGAGACCAACGCUCCGGCGGAGCCGCAAGGGGAGCCACCGAAGGAAGAGACUUCGGGAAAGGACAAGGAGAAGGACAAGGAGAAGAAAGAGAAGAAGGACAAGAAGGAGAAGAAGGAGAAGAAAGAAAAGAAGUGA